AUGGCUCGCGGAAACGUCGGAGUUUACAAGGUCUUCUACAAGGGAGAGACGGAUGAUUUCGUCGUCUACGUCGAUGAUGUUGCCAGCGUAAAGCAGUGGAGGAAAGACAAGACAGUUCCUCUAGCUCAAGUGGUCAGUGGAUGGAAGAUAUUCAUUACUCACAGACAUGGUGCACAAGGAAUUCAUGACGGAGCUAGCAAGGCAACACUGUCGAAUGAGUUCGGAACAUCGGAUGAGGUGGAAUGUAUUACCAAGAUACUAGAGAAGGGAGACCUGCAGGAAUCAGAGAACACGGAAAGGAACGGCUCAACGAACGACUCUAAAGGCGGCUUGUUGGGUCGAUAG